GUUUUUACAAUAUAAAGCUUUUAUAUUCACUUUAAUGAAUAUAUUUUUAAUUUAAAGUUGAUUUCUAUGAAUAUAUAAAUUUUGAAAGUUGUUUCUAGAAGGUAAAAUGAUAUUUUCCAUUGUAGCAAUGAUGGUACUUAGUCAGAUUAGGCUGCCGUGGCAGGUCACACUCUUUCAACCUGACAACGUGCUCCGAUCGGAAACAUGGGUAAACCUCGUGGUAUUAGGACUGCCCGAAAACAUGUUAACCAUAGAAGGGAACAGAGAUGGGCUGACAAAGAUUAUAAGAAAGCACAUCUUGGCACCAGGUGGAAGGCUAAUCCUUUUGGGGGUGCAUCACAUGCCAAAGGAAUUGUUCUAGAAAAAGUUGGUGUUGAGGCUAAACAGCCCAACUCUGCCAUCCGUAAGUGUGUGAGGGUGCAGCUUAUUAAGAACGGCAAAAAGAUCACAGCAUUCGUUCCCAGGGAUGGUUGCUUAAACUUUAUUGAAGAAAACGAUGAAGUCCUAGUAGCAGGAUUCGGUAGGAAGGGUCACGCCGUUGGUGAUAUUCCUGGAGUCCGAUUCAAGGUCGUCAAAGUUGCCAAUGUUUCACUUUUAGCAUUGUACAAAGAAAAGAAGGAGAGACCUAGGUCAUAAUGUUUUUUUAAUAAAUAAAAAUAAUUGUACUUUUUGUAUAAUAAACUGUACAACUUAUUAUA